UCCAUUCAUCUCUGACGAAUCUGCCUCACGCCUCACCCGGUUUUACAGCGCUUCGACCCGUGUUAGUCGUUCAUCGAACUAGGCUAUACGUCUCUGGCCUGGAAGAACGAGCGCCCGACGUCUACGCAGUGACGGUACUGCAGCACGCUACACUGCGAUCUUGUGCUCUUUUCGCAGCAGCGGUCAAGCGUGCGCAUCGAACCUCAUGCACAAGGCAGCUUCUUCCACAGCCUCUGCCGGGGGACCGAGCUCGACAAUUGCUGCAGGCUCAGUCGCGAGCCCAGAGAAGCGGCGACCUUCGGCUUUGGCGUUUUGGCAGAACAGAGCGAAUCAGCCGAGCGGACUCGACACACAGCCUGGUCAAGCGUCUGCGGUCAGUUCUGGCUUGCGCGGACGAGUCUCUGAGAGGCAACCAAGCGCCGAUGUGGCACCCCCUGACGGUGCUUUAGCCCAACGAGCGGACAAGCAAGGUGCCGAGCUUGGUCAGAAUUCGCCUUCUGGCGCUGCUGGGCGCAGUGACCCUGAACGUCCGACGCGAAACGAUUACAGUCCUGGCGAUCGGAUGCGCAGCUUGGACAUGAAGAGAGGAGCCAGCUCUCCGACGCACACAUCCGAUCGAAGCGGCAGUGAUCAAGGCGAAAAUUCCGGCAGUCCGAACGCAUGCAGCGCUCCGACUUCUAGAAGAGGCAGCCACGACAUCUCCAACAAUGCAAGCGCAUACCGCCAUCUCGGCGGUCAAAGUUCCCCUGGGCCUGGAAGAUCCUCUUCUCGUCUGUCCCGCUCAUACAGCGAGACAUCUGUGACAGAGCCGGAAGGUUCGACCUCUGGCUCGCGGCGGACCUCUUUGCGAAUGAGUGUUCCUUCUGAAGAUAGGAGACUCGAGGCAAACCGACCCCUAUCCCCUAGAGCUGUGUCGAGAUCAUCAAAAGCGAGACGGAUACUUAUCAGUGAAGCGCGCAAAAGACAGGAAAAGCGACGCAGCACCUCUCGCAAGGAUGCAGAGGACCAGGAAGAUGAGCUCGAUCCCCGCUCCGAUGGCGAUGCGGAACUCAGCGAAGAGGAAGGCGCUGAACUUUUUGUGGCAGGCCAGCGUCGACGCUUCAGCGAUACACUGGCAGCCGACGCGCAGGAUCUGGGUGCGCGCGCACUUGCGGAAGCGAGCGCGUCCCUUGCCCCUGUUCACGGGCUGAGAGGAGCCAGCGCCCUAGACGUUUCGCGGUCUUUGACACCUGGGGCGACGUCUAGCAGCACGACGUCUUUCCAUGAUGCGACCUCGAGCCCAGAAGGCAGCGUGGGGAGCGACAGCACUGCAGAUAGUUUGCAAGAUCGCUCGAUCAUGGUCGAAGCGCGCUCUACUCCUGUACAGCACUCGCCAUGGUCAAGCAACGUCAAACGUCGAUCUAGAAGGCAUGUGGGACGGGAGAGCGAGGAAGAAGACUCGGGAGACGAGCGGCCAGAGAGACUGUCCCCCAGACCUUCGGAAAUGACUUCGUCGUCGACUCUGCGUCAGGAUGCCCUUGAUGAUGAGAGGGACUACCGCGAACACUCUAUAGCUUCAGCAUCCCGCACUCUUCAGCAGACUAUGUCCGGCGAUCCUCUUCGACCGCACGCCGACGAAGACGGGCACGCAGUGGCUCAGCAAGAGCUGCUGCGGACUCCACCAUCGCGGAGUGACAGUGCAUCGACAAUAUUUGGCUCUUCCCUAGCUUCUCUGUCACCGCCGAUGUCCCCCGACGUCUCGACCGGUUCGGAGUACAGCAGCUCCAGCCGGAAUUUGCGACAUACCACAAAGAGUGGAGAGGGCGGCCCGCUCUUGCGACUCUCGAGACACGCAAAUCUGCCACCACCUCGACCUUCUCCAACGUUGCCGCCUCCUCCAACACCUUCUACCGCUACUCCUCGGACCAAUGUAGCUGCACAGCGAGCAUCUCCGUCGCUCUUCGACACUUCCAGCGAUCCACUGGCGCCCGCGAGGUUGCGCAGCCAAAGCUUAGGACACGCAGGCAAUAGUCUCGAUCGGCAGAGCGGUCCGUUGCUCUUGCCUUCAGACGCACCACUUUUGACUGCCAACGAGGCGGUCAGCCGAUCCCAGGGUAGCGGGCCCUCUAAUCGAGCGCGCUCGGGAGCAAAGGAUCAUCUGAUGUCCAGGACUUCCAGCGGUGGAUGGCGUUCUGGCAUUGCGAGCAGCUCUUCCAGUGCAGUGCACCUGCCUCCAACUAAAGAAGAGGAGCUACCCUUGGCAUUGACUACGGCUCCGCUGCCAUCUCUAUCACAUCAGGAGACCCAGGAGCGCACAAACCUCGAAGGAAUCCCAAGAGCUCGGGGCAGACCGAGAGGAGCUACCAUCGGUGCUCUCCCUAGUGGUCAGACUGCUGGCCUGGGUUCUCGGUACACCGCACCCGCUCGUACCCGGCCGCGCUCAAUGCUUGCGAAUGAAAUUCUCAUUCCUGGCGGACCCGAGAGAGCCGAAAGCGGCAGUGAGAGGGGAGAAAAUGCGCUUGAGUUGCCUUCAGACGCGUGCGCGUCUACGAGCUCACGCGGCGACGCGUCUGGCGUUAGCGCACCCAACGGUUCCUCGCAGUCGCGCCGAACAUCUAUCAGCACGCCAAGUGCCGCAACGACGGACACGAGCAUCGGAAGCAGCGACGCCAGUGCGCAUAACCUUCCAACGUUGGAUUUCAGCUUUUCACGCAUGCCAAGCCAUCCGGUCGAGGCGGGAGCGCUUUCUCCAGUCGUCACCACCCUCAACGAAGCAUCAGGUGGUAGAAGCUCAAAAAGCAACAGUAUCAGUCACAGCGCCGACGAGCAAGCAGAAGGGCGAGAAACGAGAUCGAUGAGCAUCACUUCAGAGACUGCGCGAACCCAGCCACUUCCAGUCUCAAACGCGGGCAACGGGUACCACACUCCUUCAAGUAUGAUCAGCGGUGGACGCAGCCGAAGCGGCAGCACCGCCAGCCUCCUGCAGCAAGUACAGCACCCGCGCUCGCACGCCAGCUUCGUCAUCGCCGUGGUGGGUCACGCAGGCUCGGGCAAGUCGACGGUCAUCAAAAAGGGUUUGCGUCAAUUUGGCCUGUCCAAGCCGCAAAUUCUUUCGGAAAAGAUUGCUUCUCAUUCUACGUUGUGCAUUGUGGACCAGGAACAGCGCACGAUCGAAGUGCUCGAGAUAGAUGCUAUGGUCCUGCUCAAUGGCCCGAACAAGCGCUUUGCGUGGCCAAAGUUCCUUCCGCACAUCGACGCUGUCAUUCUUUGCUAUGACGCGGCACACGUGUCGUCGUUCCGUGGAAUGUCCGAAUUGCUGGAGAAUUUCGCGAUGCAAGAAGUCUGCACUGUGAUGCUGGCAUGCAAAUCAGAAAUCUUCCCCAAGAAGGUGGAUCCGUACUACGCCUCCGACAUGGCUGCCGUGUACAAUGUAGGCCUUGCGGAGUGUAGCGUGCAAAGCGAAGAGGGCAAGAAGCGGAUGCGAGACUGCUUUUCUUACCUUGUGAAGGAGGUGGCGAAAGCGCGAGGCAGCCGAAGGUCCAAUCCAGACUCGCUGGGUAUGGGAAAUGCCAGCCGCAGCUACUCGGAUCUGCCCGCGAGUGCGUCGAUGAGCUCAUCGGGCAGCCAGCACACCAGUCCUGCACUCAGCUCCGGCGGCUUCUCGUCCUCAGGAGCAGCCGACAACAGUGGCCUUGCUCGAUCCGUCCAGCAGCAGUUGCACGUACAACAAGGGCACGCUCACAAUGCUGUGCGCGCCGGCAGUACCCGAAAGAUGAGCGAUGCGACGGUGGCUUCGAUGGACGCGCCGUCCUUCGCUGGCAGCCACGACACGGAAGACGACGCUGCAUUCCAGCAGAGCAUCUCUAAAGCGCAACUUGGACUGCAAAGCGCCAAGUCCGCGGGUGGCUACAUUAGUAUUGAAGAGCUGUGGGAGCGCCUCUUUGUCGGUGCGGUGACGGGUGACGACGAGAAUUUCUUGCCCAUGUUCAUGACCUUCUACAGAGGCUUCGCACGCCCAGUCGAGUUGCUGCGCCAAAUCAUUUCGCGCUUUGACAAAUUGGCCGAGAGCGAAGCUUCCGAUGGCAUCGUGCCCCGCUUCUCUAUGAUGCGCUUGACUGCAAUGCUUGGAAGCUGGAUGCGAGAAUAUCCCGGCGACCUUUCGGCCUCAGAGACCUUCGCUCAACUCUGCGAUUUCUUCGAUCGCUUGUUGCGUCACACCGCCACGAUGCACGUUGCUGCACCUCUGGAGCCCCUGCUCGACACUGUGCGCCUUUCUGUGGAUCCCGAUGCCGCAUGGAGCAAGAAUCAGGACAAUGACAAGCCUCGUUCUGUCGCAGCCGAUGUGCCGCCCGUCAGACCUAAUCUUCCUGCAGGCAGGACCGGCGCCAGCAACGACAGUGCCGUGCACGCAAACGUGGCACACCUCGCCAACGAGUCGUACCAAGAGAUGAACCGACUGCGAGCCUACUCGGACAGCUCUGGCAACAGCGCACCGCUGCCAGAAGCUGCUGUCUCUGGUGAAAGCAACCAGCAUCUCUCCCGUCCAGACCUGUCUUCGAGGCAUCGCAGCGCCUCUGACGCCACUGAAUCGAGCGAAGGUCAGCGCAGCGGGACUGGCAGCACGACGACAAGCUCCAACUCCAUCCCGCGCCUACCGGCAGCACCGAGUCAGGAGGCCAUCCAGAGUGCCCCGUCUCUGCAUACGCCGGCACCAUCACUCGUAUCGCCAUCGAAGUUGUCACAGUCAACAACCCCCUCGACGCUCUCCAAGCUCUCUUCUGGGCCGCUGGAGUCAUCUGAGGGCCUUACGGGGACACGUAAAUUGGCGCUUCGCAGCGUGUCCAACGCGCUGUGCGAUCUGCACGAGGAUUCGAUCGCUCAAGAGCUCACUAGGAUCGAAUGGGGUCUGUUUUGUGCCAUCCGACCCCGGGAUCUGCUGCGUCACAUUCUAGUGGCGAGAGAGCUGCGAGCGAAGGACGGUCCAGUCGCUCGAUCUAUUGCCCACUUCAACUACGUGUCGUACUGGGUCUGCACCAUGAUUCUGAUGCAAAGCAAGGCGAAGGUUCGCGCCAAGAUGCUAGAGAAGUUCAUGAGGGUGGCGUCCCUGUUGAGGAACGUCAACAACUACAACACGCUCCAUGCCGUGCUUGCUGGUCUCGGCAAUGCCUCAAUACAUCGACUCAAGACUACUCGAGAUCUUCUCAAUGGCAAGCCUGUCAUCAAGUCUUACCAGAGUCUCGCUCGCUUGAUGGGCAGCGAUCGAAGCUUUGCUGCUUACCGAAUGGCGUUGGAUAAUUCUGAAGGCCGUACAAUCCCGUACCUCGGCGUGCAUCUGCAAGACAUUCUGUCUACCUCCGAUGGCAACCCAUCGAAGCGCGCCAGUGACGGCAUGAUUCACUGGCGCAAGUUCAAGUUGAUGGACGAAGCAGUGCAGGCUAUCACGCGAUGCCAAAAUCACGACCCGCCAGCUGGUCGGAGCAACACCAUGAUCGAGAAGCUCAUUUUGGACUUGCCAGUGCUGGACGACGAUGUAUUAUACGCUCGGUCGCUAGCUGUCGAACCACGGGCAUCUGCGCAUGCUGGUCCUACCCUGACAUCGAGCAAGAUCAAGGAGUUCUUCCACGCGAACUGAGAUCGGCGCAUGUAGGACCAUUUCAGCUUUCUUGACGGGCCUUGAGUCCAACGUGCAUGAGCCAGGGCUCCACCAAGGGCGCACGUUGCUCUCAGCUCGAACUCAAUCACUCCUGGCGACCAUCCUUCUUUCCUUCCUCACCUCACUCUUACCCAUGAUUUUCCCGC